CCGUAUUCACAUUUCACAAUGGUAAAUAUUAUGAAUAAAUACAAAUAUUUUUGUGUUUGAUGGGGGAUUCCGUACACGAAAAAGUAUAACCGUAUACACAUAAAUCAGAAUAUACUAUAAAUGUAAUUUAUUCAGUGGUAUGCUCACUAAAGGUGAGUCUACUUACAAUGUUGCUGCACAUCAACCAUAAACGCCGAAUGACGAGUACACCUUAUGGCUUUUUAGUUUCCGAUAUUCGAAAUUUCAAUUAUUACCAUACUAAAUGAACUUAGUCUUUAAAAUACUAUUAAAAUUCCAUUAAAUUCACUAAAUAAUAACAAAAUAUUAGCAUUUUGAUCAUUAUGCGCGACCGUCAUUAAUUUUCCUGUCAAAAGCCCUUUUUACAGUGAAUAUACAUACUAGAGAAAAGUGAAAGUGCCUUGAUGGCAGUCCAGUAACAAUAUUACAUAUUAACACAAUCAUGUUUUACAAAAUUGCCUUCAGUAUAUUUUUAUUGACGGUGUUGAUAGACUUUUCCGAAAGUGUUGUAAAACGUUGUUUUAGUUGUCGUUCUCGAGGGGAUUUGGGAAGUUGUAAAGACCGUUUUAAAUAUACCAACAUUUCUCAAUUAAAUGCAGAACCGGGCAUUGGAGCAGAAGUCGUACCUUGCGCAUCGGGAUGGUGUGGGAAAAUAAUCGAAACACGAGAUGUUGACGCUAAAGAACAAGAAUUCGACACCGCAACCCAAAGGACUUGUUUGCAAAGAGGACCAUCGGACAGUGAAGAACGCUGUGAUGAUACCGUCUGGGAAUACAAGAAGGUUUUCAUGUGUUUUUGCCAUGGUGAUCUAUGCAAUGGCGCAUCAGCUCAAGUAUAUAACCUCUGUUUAUUAUUGACCUUAGCUUUAGGAAUACAAUUUAUACUGAAAUAGAUAAUUUAGAAACAAAUUUAUAUAUAUAUAAACCAAUUUUUUUUUAUAUUAAAAAUUUAAAAGUGUUAAUAUGAAAUUUCCUUUAAACAAAUAUAUUUGUGUAUAUGAUUUAACCUGUUCAUACUAUGUGUAGAAAACUCGACUUAUACAUCUUAAUUGGUAGUAAAACACCUGACAACCCUGCAAGUAAAGUAAAUUAGUUUAUGGUCAACGAUAUUUCUAAUGUAUGAAGGUGUUUGUCUUGUAUCUAAAUCGAUAAUAAACCAAGAUAACACUA